GCCGGGGCACAUCCUGCCGCCCGCGCACCUCUCCGCGCCGUCCCCGCUGCGCGGUUCGGCCCUCGGCUGCGAUCGGCUCCCGCAGGCUCUCGGCCCGGCGUCCCUCGGCCCCCGCCUCCCCGGCCGUCCAGGAGGAGCCCAUGGCUGGGCCCACCACCCACGUUGCCCCCAUGCUGUUCCUUGCCCUCCUGGCGUUUCUGGAGCUGAGCCUGGCCGGCUCCCUGGGCCCUGGAACCCCUGCUCGAAACCUCCCUGAGAAUCACAUCAACCUCCCAGGCCCAGCACUGUGGACGCCUCCGGCCAGCCACCACCACCGGCGGGGCCUGGGCAAGAAGGAGCGGGGGCCAGGCAUGCCUGGCCGGGCCCAGGAUGGAGCUAUGGGCACCUCCACCAGGCAGGCCUCCAGGCUGCCAGGGGCAGGGGGGCUGCUGCCUGGGCAAAGUCCUGCAGGCCUGCUUCAGGACAAGAGUCUGCUCCUGGGGCUGGCCCUGCCCUACCCUGAGAAGGAGAACCGGUCUCCAGGGAAGAGACGCGGCAGGGAGCACAAGAGACGCAGGGAGAGGUUGAAACUGCACAGAGGCCGAGCCUUGGUCCGAGGUCCCAGCUCCCUCAUGAAGAAGGUGGAGCUCUCCGAAGACCAGGCGCUGGACGCUUCCAUGGAGGAGUCGUCCACCAGCCUGGCCCCGACCAUCCUCUACCUCACCACCUUUGAGGCAGCACCUGCCACGGAAGAGUCCCUGAUCCUGCCUGUCACAUCCCUGUGGCCCCAGGCUCAGCCCAGGCCUGACGGGGAGGUGAUGCCCACGCUGGACAUGGCCUUGUUCGACUGGACCGAUUAUGAAGACUUAAAGCCUGAGGCCUGGCCCUCUGCCAAAAAGAAAGAGAAGACCCGGGGUAAACUCUCCAGUGAUGGCAACGAGACAUCCCCAGCCGAAGGGGAGCCGUGCGACCAUCACCACGACUGCCUGCCAGGGACCUGCUGUGACCUGCGGGGGCACAUCUGCAUGCCCCACAACCGGGGCCUCAACAACAAAUGCUUCGACGACUGCAUGUGUGCGGAAGGGCUGCGCUGCUAUGCCAAGUUCCACCGGAACCGCAGGGUCACGCGGAGGAAGGGGCGCUGUGUGGAGCCCGAGAUGGCCAACGGCGACCAGGGAUCCUUCAUCAACGUCUAGUGGCCCAGCUUGAGGCGCCUCCCCGCAGGCCCGGGGACUGAGCGCUGGAGGUUUGGAGAAGCGACAGUUUGUUUAUAACUAGCGGUGGGAGAGCAAAUGGGGGACCAGAUGUCUGAGGCUGCAGGCUCCGACCCAGGACCCGAUCCAGGACCCGCAGCCCCGGGAGGGGAGCGCUGGGGAACUGCCUCUGCCCUGGAGCCCAUUAGCAGCUCGUCCGCAGCCCACACCCCUGGGGGACCCGCAGGGCCUGAGCCGCUGGUGCCCUGUCCUCCGCGAUGGCAAUGUCGAUAGUGCCCUCUACUGUCCGACCGCAGCACUGCAACAGCUUCAAGUUUUAAAAGUGAAGAGGUUUUUGAACGGAAGAGAAAUGGGAACUUGGGUGGGAGAUGAGCACGAAACACCUCUUUUGUGCCAGGCACUGUGCUAAAUGCCUGACACACGUUAUCCCGCGACCUUUUCGCCGUCUCCAGGUGAGGAAACAGCGCCGCCGUGGAGCCAUCCGACCUGCCCGAGGUCCCAGCGCAGUGCUCCUCAAACCUUAACCUGUGUCCCAGCCCUCUGGGGUCGGGCGCAAAUUCAGAUUCCUAUCCAGCCGAUUCUGCCUUUCCCACAAGCCGAGGGCCUGCCCACGCCGCUGGUCCCCGGCCCCACCGAGAGCUCCCACCGUGUCUUGGGGAGCAGACGUGGAGUUGUGAUCGGAACCUGGCCCCAAUGUUUCGGGCUCCACACAGCGUUCUUGCUCCUUCACAACUAAGGACUAUUGCAGGCUCUCCAGGGCUUUCAGCGAGAGAGGCGUGUUCCCUGCUAGUCCUUUCUCUGGGUGAAGCUGCAAUGACUGACCGCUCUCCUCCUUCCCUGGACAGCUGGGCAUCAUCUUUCAAACAGAACCAAAUCUGCGCUAAGCACCUGCUUGUCUGUCUGUACGGCGUGGUCUGGGCAGAUGGGCCCCUGCCCCCCGGGAGCUGGCAUGCUGAGCCGGGACGGGUUCCUCGGAGUCCUCCGGCCCUGCUCACCCUGUCCUGGCACAUGUGCCUCAGAGUUGCCCCAGCACCCUCCACCCCCGGGGUUACUGAUUCCAGAGGGGAAAGGGAGAGAAAGAUAGAAACAUCAGUGAUGAGAGAGAUUCAUGGAUUGGCUGCCUCCUGUACACCCCCCAUUGGGGAUGAGCCCACAGGCCGGGUAUGUGCCCGACCAGGAAUCCAACCGUGACCUCCUGGUUCAUAGGCUGACACUCAACCACUGAGCCACACCAGCCGGGCAGUUCUUUAGCUUUUGUAGUUCGUGCCCUUGGAGAAUGUAAUGCAAGCAGGGACUCAAAGCACACACACAUCGCCAUAGGCAGCCUACACCUUAGUGGCUCCCAGGCCUCCCGUAGACAACCACCCCACACUUCUGCCACAAAGCCCACUGAGGAGUUGGGGCCUCUCUGAGGUUGAGGUGCUUGAGGAUAACUGCCCCCCACAGGCCAGACCCAGGAUGCCCACCCAGAACGUCUCUCCACGCAGAGCUGGCUCUAGGGACCACCUGACGCCCCCUGCCUGGCAUCUCAUUCCUGGCCAACUCUCUGGUCCAGGGCAAACCAGGUCACAACUGACAAAAUCCCUGUCCAUCUGGAUUCCUUGCACCUGCUUGGGGGACGGGGGGCACGCCCACAGGAUGCCAGGGCUGUUUACUCCCCUGGGAAAAUCAGUUGGGGUCAGGGGUCUGGCACCAAGGAACACAGACUCAUCUAGCAGAAACCAAAUAGGCUUGCCCUUUUCUCCUAUUCCAGUUCGAUGGGCAUGGGCCUCUUGCCGGUGAGGCGGUGCAACUGAAAGAGAUCAAAGCCGGCUCUUUGGAAAUGGAACCCUGAGUCCGCCAGCAGAUUGUCUGUGAGGGAGCAGACAACGCCUCUGCUGUGUGCGCCUUGCAUGGGUGGCUGGUUGGAGACUGUGAUGGAGCCGUAAGGGUGUGGCUGCAGGCAGGCCAUGCAGCCUGAAGUCUGGGGGGGCGGGGGGUGCUGUCAGGUGGCCCUGGACAUCGGCAGUGGGAAACAGAAGGUCAAGACAAAGCUGAAAGGCCCCACGGAACUGUCACUGCCCUCGGGGGAGUUCCAUGGCUAAGAAGUGGGGCCUGGUAUCCAUUUGACCUGGCUGUCUGCAUUUGGCAUUUGCAAAGUGGGGUGGGGGCGGGGGUGGAAUCCUUUUAUCUCCAGGGGGGUCCCAAAGCCCCCUCAGUGUUUAACAAACUUCUCUGACAAGAAGUUCUUUUUCACCCUGACCGGUUUGGCUCAGUGGAUAGGGCAUCGGCCCGCAGACUGAAAGGUCCCAGGUUUGAUUCCGGUCAAGGGCAUGUACCUUGGUU